CACCGGAAGCGGCAGGGUGUACAAUUGGGCGCGCCCCUAAAAGCUCCAAUUUGAUACUUGGGCAGCUCGUGGACGGCUCGGUUCGGUUCGGUCAUGGCGCCUGCCCUCGGAGGUUUCCCGCUGCUGCUGGCGAUGACGUUGAUGAUGAUGACACUCGUCAUCCAAGUGCGUCCUCAGGGUCUCGACCUGGCCGACGCUCUUGCCGGUGCCAACACGCCAACACCAGCUCCACUGCCAGGCACCAAAGCUCCGGUCAAGUCCAAAGGCAAAGGAGCCUUGGAUGAGUUUGACCUGGCAGAUGCUCUGGACCCCAACAAUGACAUCACCGACAAGGACAAGGGGGGCCGGCCUGGAGGAGGAUUUUCCGACAGGGAUUUAAUCGACGUCAGCGAAGACGACAGCUACAAACCCGAUAAAGGCAAAGGCAGACGACCGAGCGGUGAUCGCGAUCACGUCAAUCAACGUGACGAUAACAUCGGCACCACCGCUGAGGUCGGCACCAUCGCGGGCAUUGUGAGCGCGGUGGGAAUGGCGCUGGUGGGCGCCAUCAGCAGCUACAUUUCGUACCAGAAGAAGAAAUUUUGCUUCAGCAUCCAGCAGUCUCUCAAUGCGGAGAUGGUGAAGGCUGACGCUCCCGACGCAGUGCUGGCGACAGAACCACAAGUGCAACAGACUCUCCUGGAGCAGGCCAGUGCUGAACCGGGCCGUGCCCACCAUGCGGUGUGACGAUGCCGCAAGCAUUGACACGGUGACCGGAGUGCACACGCACAACACACAAACACACUAGCGCCACCAGACACAUUUUGGUUUUAUUUCAGGGAAAAUGUAAACUUUUAUACACAAUGAGUUGCGUUGACUGACAUAAGCUUUUUAGACGAUCCUGCAAAAUGUGACGUUUUCUUUCAUCUUUUUUGUUUUUUUUUUUAAAAGGGAGCUUAGUUGUACAAUCCUUCCCGACUCUCAAACUAGACAAACGUGUGCAUGCGCUUUGCUGUUAUUGUCUUACCUCGCUGUCAACCGCAAUGCUUCGAGUUCACAUUGGCUGUGCUCUUUCCACAAUGAUGACCCCCCCCACCCCUCUACAACUAUUCCAUGAUAUUAACCUCUCUCAAUGACAAUGAAGAUAACAACGACAAUAAGAAUAAUAAUUUAUAUUAAGAAGAAUGUGUUGCAAGACUGACAGCAGAAUGUUUCACACCAACAAGUGCAUCUGGAAAUGUGUUUUCACUCCACGCUACCAAGGUGCAGAAGUUAAAUAAAACAUUUGACAAAAA